AUGGAGGAAAAUGUUCUGGAGAUCUCAAUAGCUGGAUCAAGAACAAUCAGGGACAGAUACACGGAAUAUGAGAUUGUAUGCAUAACAAACAGUAAGGCGUUUGGAAAGUGUUAUACAAAAGUGUACAGGAGAUACAGCGACUUUCUUAGGCUGCACUGCCGGUUGAGAUGCCUUGUAGAGAUUUUGCCUGAGUUUCCAAAGAAGAAGUGGAAGAAGCUCAGCAGGAAUGUUGUGGAGGAAAGAAUGAGGAUGCUGACUGUUUAUAUGAAGUUUAUAUGCGACUACAUUCUCCACAAAGAAAAUAACACGGAGAAGAUUGAGCAAGACGUUGCAAGCUUCAUCAAAGACAAAGACGCUGAAGUAUUUGCACACAAUUGA